UUUAAAGGGAAAAAAUGAACUUAUUUCAUUCUUAAUAGAGUUAGGAGUAAAAGACUUUCUAAAUAAACUAGAAGAGAAUUCAAUAUGCAUAUACUUUUGAUUAUAUUAUCGCUCUUAUCGACGGCGAUAAAAGGCGCGUCGGAUGUCAACAUGAGCGUCACGUGACAGCGUACCUAUGUGAAUACAAACGAGGUCGCGUAACAGCGAGUAUAUACAACGCGACACGUAUCGUGAAGGAGCGGUUGAUAGACUGAUAGGCAAGCCAGGACUUUAUGCCUAGCAACGAUCUUUCGCAAUGGACCCUACAAGCAGCCAGACGGAUGAUUAUACAGAGAUAAUACGAAAGCUUCCCGUUUACUUGAAAUUAGCCUACGGCACGGGUCAUGUACUAAAUGAUAUCUGUGCUUCCAUGUGGUUCACCUAUCUGCUGGUGUUCUUUCAUUUGGUUCUUGGAUUCGAUCCGACUCUGGCCGGUGUUGUGUUACUCAUAGGUCAAGUAGCGGAUGCCCUGGUCACUCCAUUUGUCGGCUUUCAGUCCGAUAGAAACGACAAUUUCUGGUUGUGCCGAUAUGGCAGGAGGAAAACUUGGCACUUAAUAGGCACUAUUUGCGUACUAUUAGGAUUCCCGUUUAUAUUUUCGCAAUGCAUCGGCUGUGAAUACGCGCAUCAGUACGCACAGUUAGUUUAUUAUGCUGCUUUUGUAGUGAUCUUCCAAUUUGGUUGGGCAGCAGUACAGAUAUCGCACUUGGCCUUAGUCCCAGAGCUAACACCUUCUGAACAUGAGAGGACUGAACUCAUAGCUAUAAGAUUCACGUUUACUGUCUUCUCCAAUGUUCUCGUUUAUUGCAUUAUGUGGGGUGUGCUACAUGUAACGAGCAAUGAAUAUAAUUCUCAGAUUGGACCUAAUGACAUUCAUAAAUUUCAAAAAGUUGUUCUAAUUGGAACAAUAAUUGGAGUCAUAGCAUCUAUUAUAUUUCAUGCUGUUGUUAAGGAAGGUGCUAAUGGUGAUGCUAAUGGUAGUUUUUUACAUAGAAACGGUAGAACAGCAUUAGUGCUUUUGCGAGACUUCAGAUUAUAUCAAAUAGCUUUUGUCUACAUGCUUACACGACUAUUUAUCAAUUUGUGCCAGAUUUAUAUGCCUUUGUAUUUACAUGAAUCAUUGAAUAUGCCUGCCACUUCUCUGGCUUAUAUACCAUUGACCAUGUAUCUGAGUAGCUUCUUGACAUCUUUAAUCAUUGAGAGACUUAACACGAAAUGGGGUCGAAAAAUAGCGUAUUCUAUUGGUGCUUUGCUCGCAAUAUGGGCUUGCAUAUGGAUACAGUUUGGCAAUGACGAUACAUAUAUCAAAUAUCAGAUCUAUGUUGUUGCUAUAUUGUUAGGUUCUGCUGGUGCAAUAAUGUUGGUGACUAGUCUCGGUAUCACUGCGGAUUUGAUAGGGAAAAAUACCGAAAGCGGUGCCUUUGCCUAUGGAAUUAUGAGUUUUACAGAUAAGCUGAGUAAUGGUUUGGUAGUUAUGCUCAUCCAGUAUUUGGUGAAACACUUGUCGUCUGGUUAUGCCAGUUAUUAUUAUAGAAAUAUUCUGACAUAUGUUUGCGGCGUGUCCGCGGCCUCCGCUAUGCUGAUGAUUCUAUAUAUCAAACCUUUUUCGCGUGUUACGGUCUUUGAUACUUUACACAAUGAUGAGGACGAAGGUUUUGUAGAAACUCCAAAUCCGAUCAACGGAAACUCAGACCAACAACCGCAAACUAAUACAUAAUGUAUGCCGAUAUAGUUUGCAAAUAUUUUAGCACAAAAUGCGUAAAAUACAUAAAAAGAUAUAUUGAUACUUAUUUUAAGAAAAAAAAAGCAAUAUAUGUGCUAUGCGCGCUAUGUGAUAUGUAUUAGAUGAACUAUUAUUUUUUUUAUUUGAGAUCUGCAAUCGAUAGCAUUCCUAUAUUAAUACAAUUUAAUAUAUUUUAACGAUGUUAUUGUAA